CCGAGGAAGCCAGGAUGGCGACUCCAAGCAGGAAAACAGCGAAUCCGAGCCCUCUGGCUUCCAAGAGGGCUUUCCCGAGGGAUCCUUCCUCGGAGGUCCCGAGCAAGAGAAAGAAUUUGGCCCCGCCACCGUCGUCGCUGCUGCAGUCGUCCGGGCCUUUUGUGGAGGGCUCUAUAGUCCGCAUCGCGAUGGAGAACUUCCUAACAUAUGAUAUCUGUGAAGUAACUCCUGGACCUCACUUGAAUAUGAUUAUUGGAGCCAAUGGAACAGGGAAGUCAAGCAUCGUGUGUGCCAUUUGCCUUGGAUUAGCUGGCAAACCUGCUUUCAUGGGACGGGCAGAUAAGGUUGGGUUUUUUGUGAAGAGAGGAUGUUCGAAAGGCAUGGUUGAAAUUGAAUUGUUCAGGACUUCUGGAAAUCUUAUAAUCACCCGUGAGAUUGAUGUGGCAAAAAAUCAGUCCUUUUGGUUCAUCAACAAAAAAUCUACAACCCAGAAAGUGGUUGAAGAACAAGUUGCAGCCUUAAAUAUUCAAGUGGGCAAUCUUUGCCAGUUUCUACCUCAGGACAAAGUAGGAGAAUUUGCAAAACUCAGCAAAAUAGAACUGCUUGAAGCUACUGAGAAGUCAAUUGGUCCUCCAGAAAUGCACAGGUAUCACUGUGAACUCAAAAACUUCAGGGAGAAAGAAAAACAGCUGGAGACUUCUUACAAAGAAAAAACUGAAUAUCUAGAGAAAAUGGUUCAGAGGAAUGAAAGAUACAAACAAGAUGUCGAGAGGUUCUAUGAAAGGAAACGACACUUAGAUUUAAUUGAGAUGCUUGAAGCAAAACGGCCAUGGGUGGAAUAUGAAAAUGUUCGUCAGGAAUAUGAAGAAGUAAAACUAGCCCGUGACCAAAUGAAGGAAGAGGUCAGAAAACUUAAAGAAGGACAGAUUCCUAUGACACGUCGGAUUGAGGAAAUUGAAAGGCAACGCCAUAAUUUGGAGGCUCUAAUCAAAGAAAAGGCAACAGACAUUAAAGAGACAUCUCAAAAAUGCAAACAGAAACAAGAUGUUAUAGAAAGGAAAGAUAAACAUAUUGAGGAACUUCAGCAGGCUCUAACAGUAAAACAAAAUGAAGAACAAGACAGACAGAGGAGAAUAAGUAAUACCCGCAAAAUGAUAGAGGAUUUGCAAAAUGAAUUAAAGACCACAGAAAACUGUGAGAAUCUUCAGCCUCAGAUUGAUGCCAUUACAAAUGAUCUGAGACGAGUUCAAGAUGAAAAGGCAUUAUGUGAAGGCGAGAUAAUUGAUAAACGGAGAGAGAGGGAAACUCUAGAGAAAGAGAAAAAGAAUGUGGAUGACCAUAUUCAACGUUUUGACAAUCUUAUGAAUCAAAAGGAAGAUAAGCUGAGACAGAGGUACCGGGACACUUAUGAUGCUGUUUUGUGGCUAAGAAAUAACAGAGACAAAUUUAAGCAAAGAGUUUGUGAGCCUAUAAUGCUUACGAUCAAUAUGAAAGACAAUAAAAAUGCCAAAUAUAUUGAAAAUCAUAUUCCAUCAAAUGACUUGAGAGCCUUUGUGUUUGAAAGUCAAGAAGAUAUGGAGGUUUUCCUCAGAGAGGUUCGUGACAAUAAAAAGUUAAGAGUAAAUGCUGUUAUUGCUCCCAAGAGUUCAUAUGCAGACAAAGCACCUUCAAGGUCUCUGAAUGAACUAAAACAAUAUGGAUUUUUCUCCUAUUUGCGAGAGUUAUUUGAUGCACCUGAUCCUGUAAUGAGUUACCUUUGUUGCCAGUAUCAUAUUCAUGAAGUUCCUGUGGGAACUGAAAGAACCAGGGAAAGAAUUGAACGGGUAAUACAAGAAACUCGAUUAAAACAAAUUUAUACAGCAGAAGAAAAGUAUGUGGUGAAAACUUCUUUUUAUUCAAACAAAGUUAUUUCUAGUAACACAUCCCUGAAAGUAGCCCAGUUUCUCACAGUCACAGUGGAUCUAGAACAAAGAAGACACUUGGAAGAACAGCUAAAGGAAAUUAAAAGGAAAUUACAAGCUGUGGAUUUAGGAUUAAAUGCCUUACGUGAGACAAACAGGCAUCUAGAACACAAAGACAAUGAACUGAGACAAAAGAAGAAGGAGCUUCUUGAAAGAAAAACAAAAAAGAGACAACUGGAACAAAAAAUUAGUUCCAAACUAGGAAGUUUAAAACUGAUGGAACAGGAUACUUGUAACCUUGAAGAGGAAGAGCGAAAAGCAACUACCAAAAUCAGAGAAAUAAACAUUCAGAAAGCAAAACUUGUUACUGAAUUAACAAACCUAGUAAAGAUUUGUACUACUUUGCACAUAGAAAAAGUAGACUUAAUUCUUCAGAAUACUACCGUAAUUUCAGAAAAGAACAAAUUAGAAUCAGAUUAUAUGGCUGCGUCAUCACAACUACGCAUCACAGAGCAACGUUUCAUUGAGUUGGAUGAAAAUAGACAAAGAUUAUUGCAGAAAUGCAAGGAACUUAUGAAGAGAGCUAGGCAAGUAUGUAAUCUUGGUGCAGAGCAGACUGUUCCUCAAGAAUAUCAGACAGCUUUCCAAGAUCUUCCAAACACAUUGGAUGAAAUUGAUGCUUUAUUAACUGAAGAAAGAUCAAGAGCUUCCUGCUUCACAGGACUGAAUCCUACAGUGGUUGAAGAAUACACAAAAAGAGAAGAAGAAAUUGAACAGUUAACUGAGGAACUAAAGGGAAAGAAAGUUGAACUAGAUAAAUAUAGGGAAAACAUUUCACAGGUAAAAGAAAGGUGGCUUAAUCCCUUAAAAGAGCUGGUAGAAAAAAUUAAUGAAAAAUUCAGCAAUUUUUUUAGUUCCAUGCAGUGUGCUGGUGAAGUUGAUCUCCAUACAGAAAAUGAGGAAGACUAUGAUAAAUAUGGAAUUCGAAUUAGAGUCAAAUUUCGCAGUAGUACUCAACUGCAUGAAUUGACUCCUCACCAUCAAAGUGGAGGCGAAAGAAGUGUUUCCACCAUGUUAUACUUGAUGGCCCUUCAGGAGCUUAACAGAUGUCCAUUCAGAGUAGUUGAUGAAAUCAAUCAGGGAAUGGACCCAAUCAACGAACGGAGAGUGUUUGAAAUGGUUGUAAACACUGCCUGUAAAGAAAACACAUCUCAGUACUUCUUUAUUACACCAAAGCUCCUGCAAAAUCUUCCUUAUUCUGAAAAGAUGACAGUAUUAUUUGUCUACAAUGGUCCUCAUAUGCUGGAACCAAACAGAUGGAAUUUAAAGGCUUUCCAAAGGCGGCGGCGCCGUAUUACAUUCACUCAACCUUCUCAGUAGAAGCAAAGGGAGGGAACUUGGAAGUUUUUCUGUUAGAUUCUGUUUAUAAAUAUGGCUCAACUGAAUAAAAGUUGGUAGAUUUAUUAAAACAGAAAGAUUGAUUAUUUUUGGAAACUAGCUUUUAAAUAUACAAAUAGGUUAGUGAAAUGUAUAUCACAAUGAUUUCUUUCUCUGGAACAUCAUCUGGUAGUAAAAGUUAAGUCUUCAGUCUUGGUUGAUCUUCCUUAGUACUCUGUGAGUAACUGGAUUUCCAUGCUUAAAGGUAUUUACUAUUGCAUAUCUAAGGUACGGUGGAAUGGAGGUUAUCAACCACAAGUUUUCUUGACACAAUAGCCCUGAGCUUUAAUUGCAAAUUAAAUUAAUAAGAACUAAUUACCUAUAAAGUCAUCUUAAGAUGACUCUAGAAUUUAAAUUCUAGUUUCUCCCAGUGAUAUUUAACUUUUUAAAAUUGAUAUGGAAGUAUCUAAUGUAUAGUAAUAAUUUAUGACAAAUCUAUUCAGUGCUUUCUAUUAAAAAAAGAUUACCUUAUCUCCACUAGGAAAUGGAGUUUUGUGGGCCUUUGAAGUAAGUUUUAUGAAACUUGAUGCUGUUAUGGUUUUUCAAAGGGGAAAAAAAGGCAGUGGGCCUCAAAAAUGCUAGCAGAGCUUCUUUGAAAUGCCACAAGGUGGCCACUAGAUGAUGCAAAAUGCAGCCAAAAAGAUUGACAGAGAAUAAAAUCAGGUGACAAGGGUUUUUAAAGAAUAACCUUGUAAAGUCUGUGGGGGGGUCUUGUUUUGUUUUGUUUUUGUUUAAAUUUCUAAAAAAA